AUGGCCGUCAGUUUCACGUUUUGGGAUGACUGUGCUGAACCAAAGGACCUGGAGGCCAUGUGGAAUACUCCGGAUGUGAGCACUGAAUGGUUAAAAGCUGGAGAGUCGAAAGGGAAGAGGGUUCACCUCUCGCGAGAUCCUGAUGGACAGCCAUAUUUGACACAGACUGAAUUGAGGGCUGUAGCUGAGAUUGUUAUUGGCAGACACUUUCCCUCAAAGAUAGAUCCUGCCAUGGUUUGUGCUAUUGCUGAACUGGAAAGUGACAGGCUUCUCCUAGUUACACGCUCUGAGGGCAAAUCUAAACAGCGUAGGUUUGGGCUUAUGCAACUUAUGCCAAAUGACUCAGAGUGGUUGAUAAGUGAAUUAGGUUAUUCUUCAUAUCUAGCAGAAGGGAAUUCAGAUGUCCUAUACCGACCAUUUAUAAAUGUAUACUUUGGUGCUGCUUAUAUUAAGUGGUUGUCAAAUUUUGAGGAUACGGAAAGAAGUGAAGAGUUUAUGGUAAGGGCAUAUAAAGGUGGUCCAAAGAAGGCAACUCACAAAUCAACUUUGCCCUAUUGGAAACGAUAUCUUGCAGUCAAAGAAAGUUUUCCAUCAAGAAAAUCUCUUGAUAACAUUCCUUUGCAGAGCAAUGCUCUUGCUGGAUCUCUUGUACCUGCAUCAGAAAAUUCAGGGACAAAUGCUUACACAUUGUGGGACUCUAGAGCUUCUCCUGAAGACAUGGAAGAGAUGUGGAAUCAUCCUGAAGUCCAGAAAGAGUGGACUAAAUCUAAAGAGAAAAGGGGACAAGUGCGCUUUUCUCUAGAUGAAAAGAACAGACCAUAUCUUUCACGGGUGGAAGUGAAGGCAGUAGCGGAUAUAAUUUUAUUCAAAUACUUCAGCACGAAGGGAAUAAAAUCUACAGUACUUUGUGCGAUUUCGGAGGUUGUUAGCAUGCGUUUUUUACAUGGCAUUGGCGGACGCCCAGGAAUAAUGGGGAUUGACUAUUCCACUGCUUUCUGGCUUUAUGUGGAGAUGGGCUACAGGGCUUAUAGGCUUGAAUCUGUUGAGGAUCUAACUAAGCCCUUUGUGUCCAUGUAUUUUGGUGCUGCCUUUGUAGCAUGGCUAUCCGAAUUCGAAGGGAGGGAGAGAACUCCAGAGUUUGUUGUUCAGGCAUAUCUUGUAGGACCGAAGAAUGUGAACCCUCAAGAUACUGGUCCGCUCCGUCUCAAAUAUGAGGAAGCUAUUAGUAAAUACGAAGAAAUUAAGAGAAAUCACGGGAGCUGCUCCAUCAUGUAAGCUCACAGUGGCCUUUCAGAGUAUCAAUUCGGAGGCC